AUGGCUUGGGAGAUAAUUCAGAACAAGGGUGAUUUGUUACCUUGGCAUGAUUGGUUAUGGAAUGGUACAUUAUCGAAGAGGGUGUCUCUUUGUAUAUGGAAAGCUUGGUUUAACGGGCUUAGUGUGGAUGGAAGGGUGCAAAAGAAAGGAGUGUCUUUGGCUUCAGCUUGUGAUUGUUGUAGCCAAAAAAAUCAAGAAACUAUUGACCAUGUAUUAUCUUUGAGUCAAUUAGCUGAGGAGAGAAGACGUUGCAAGGCGAGAAUGGAAGGGGUAAAAGAUAGUAUCGAACAAGUUUCGCGGACGGUGAGAUUUUGGAUCAAAGCGCUUACAGAUAGAAUCAACUAUUCUCGGCCUCUAUCUCAACAAGGCCUUCUCUUAUUGGAUGAGUUUCGGCUGGAUAGGCCGGCCAUGUCAACAAGAAAAGAAAAAUUAGUCAAUUGGCUGAAGCCUCCGAGGGGUUGGAUCAAAUUGAAUUGUGAGGGUAGUUGUCGUGGAAAUCCCAGAAGUUCAGGGGGUGGUGGCAUCAUAAGAGAUGAUAGGGGCAAUUUCAAAGGGGCUUUCGUAUGCCACUUUGGCUUUGGUACUAGUAAUGGGGCAUCACUGAAGGCUUUUUUGGGGGGAGUGAAGUUGUGUAAAAGGCUACGCUAUGCCGAUAUCAUUAUUGAAAGUGACUCUAAAGUUGUAGUGGAGUGGUUCCGGUCAAGGAGAUGUUCUCUGUGGUACUUAUGGGAUUUUUGGGAUGAGUUAAUCUCAGAGAUGGAGGGACUUAAUAUUACAGUGAUCCAUCAAUUUCGGGAAGCGAAUCAAGCUGCAAAUUUUUUGGCAAAGUAA